CGCAGAGCGGCCGCCGGCAGGCGCCUGCGCCCGGGGACGGGCGGGGCGGCACAGCGCGGAGGCGGCAGCGAGCGGGCGGCCAUGGCCAAGCACACCGUGUCAUCGGCCCGCUUCCGCCGGGUGGACGUGGACGAGUACGACGAGAACAAGUUCGUGGACGAGGAGGAUGGAGGCGACGGGCAAGCGGGGCCCGAUGAGGGCGAGGUGGAUUCGUGCCUCAGGCAAGGGAACAUGAUGGCUGCGCUGCAGGCGGCUCUGAAGAACCCGCCCAUCAACACCAAGAACCAAGCCGUGAAGGAUCGUGCAGAAAGUAUUGUCCUGAAGGUCCUCAUCUCUUUCAAAGCCAAUGAUAUCGAGAAGGCAGUGCAGUCCCUGGAUAAGAAUGGUGUUGAUCUGCUAAUGAAGUACAUCUACAAAGGCUUUGAGAGCCCCUCCGACAACAGCAGUGCUGUGCUGCUGCAGUGGCAUGAGAAGGCGCUGGCUGCUGGUGGAGUAGGAUCCAUCGUCCGUGUUUUGACUGCCAGGAAAACGGUGUAACUCCAGCAGCAAAUGGCUGUUUGCUCUCCGUGGCAUGGGAAAUGCUGGUGCAAAACCCAACCAAAUGCCAUCGCUGCCCCGUGGGCAGUGUCUGUCUCUCAGCUUGCCUUCUCGCUGCUUCUUUCAUACCUGACAAGUAAUGCAUAUCGUGAUCUCUUUUUGUUAAACUCUGGAAAAUUA